AUGGAAGAAACUCACUUAUUACCAUUACAUUCUUUAACUCAAGAAAUUGAUAUCGAGUCUGACUCUUCAAUUAGUUCAGACGACGAAGUAAUUGAAAAUGUUAUUCAAAUGCUUAAUAAUGUAAUAGAUUUAACGGAUAUUACCAACGAAUUACAAGACAAUGAAGAAGAUGAUGAUCAGCAACAAGCUGAAAUUGACAUUCCAAUAUCUUCCAUGAGUGAUACAACAACUAAUCUGAUUCAACCAACAAAAUCUGAUUACAGCAACGACAAAUCCAUCGAAAAUUCUUCUUCAAAACGUCGAUCUUGGACUGUUCAAGAAAAACUAAAUGUUAUCAAAGCAUUUAAAAAAUGCAAAAAUAUUUCUGAAGUUAGUCGACAACAUCAUUGUGAUCGAAAACAGAUUCGGGAAUGAUCUGUAUCUCAAAAUACAUUCAUAACAAAUCAAAAAUUCCUUCCAAUUGUUCUUGGUGUAUUAUUGGGUGCUCUUACAUCUGGUUUAGUUUUAUCUGUUGUGACUACAGUUUGGUUAACGUCUUCAACUAAAACAUCAACGACAAAAUGGACAGUCACUGGUUCUUUAAAUAAUGCCCGAUAUUAUCAUACAGCAUCUGUAUUAACUAAUGGACAAGUAUUAGUAACUGGAGGACGGAGUACUAGUUAUUUAAAUAGUACCGAGUUGAAUGAUCCAUCAACAGGAACGUGGACAGCCACUGGUAGUAUGAAUUAUGCUCGAUAUUAUCAUACAGCAUCUUUGUUAACCAAUGGACAAAUUUUAGUUACUGGUGGAAACGGUAGCAGUGGUAUUUUAAGUAGUGCUGAGUUAUAUACCUCAUCAAUAGCAGCGUGGACAGUCACCGGUAUUAUGAUUUAUACUCGAUAUUAUCAUACAGCAUCCGUAUUAACAAAUGAGACAGUUUUAGUUACUGGUGGACAGAUUGGAGGUACUUUUACACAUAGUACUGAGUUAUAUAAUCCAUCAACGGGUUCAUGGACAACUGGUAAUAAUAUGAUUAAUGCUCGAGGUUAUCAUACAGCAUGUGUAUUGUCAAAUGGAAAAGUGUUAGUUAUUGGUGGAUAUACUGGUAGUAAUGGUUAUAUGAACAGUACUGAGUUAUAUGACCCAUCAACAGGAGUGUGGACAAUCAAUGGCACUUUGAAUUAUGGUCGACGUUAUCAUACAACAUCUUUGUUAAAUAAUGGACAAGUAUUAGUAACUGGCGGACAGAGUACUAAUGGUUAUUUAAAUAGUGCCGAGUUGUAUGAUCCAUCAACAGGAAUAUGGACAGUUACUGGUAAUAUGAAUUAUGUUCGAUAUUAUCACACAGCAUCUCUAUUAACUAAUGGAAAAGUUUUAGUGACUGGUGGACGUAGUAAUAGUAGUAGUUAUUUAAAUACUGCUGAGUUAUAUGAUUCAUCAACAGGAACAUGGACAAUCACGGUUAGUAUGAAUUAUAGUCGAUAUUAUCAUACAGCAUCUCUAUUAACUAAUGGAAAUGUUUUAGUUACUGGUGGAUAUGUUACCAGUGGCAAUUAUUUAAAUAUUUCAGAGUUAUAUCAACCAUAA